AUGGGGGUUUCCCAAAGAAGCGGUCUAGGAACCCGGCAGCUGCUGUUCUUGAUUCUGUUUCACACAGCCUGGAAGGUGGGGAGCGGUCAGAUCCAUUAUUCGGUCCCGGAGGAAGCGAAACACGGUACGUUCGUGGGGCGAAUCGCACAGGAUUUAGGUCUGGAGAUCGGGGAGCUGGUAUCGAGGCUGUUCCGGGUGGUGUCCAAGGGCCGCAGGGACUAUCUGGAGGUAAAUGUGCAGAAUGGCAUUUUAUUUGUGAAUUCUCGGAUCGACCGUGAGGAGCUGUGCAGCCGAAACCCUGUUUGUAGCAUCCACCUGGAGGUGAUCGUGGAAAAACCGCUACAGGUUUUCCAUGUGGAGGUGGAGAUCAAGGACAUUAAUGACAAUCCGCCAGUGUUCCCGGAAAGACAACAAAAUGUCUUCAUUUCAGAGUCUAGACUUUUAGAGUCUCAUUUUCCACUGGAGGGCGCGUCAGAUGCGGAUAUUGGCGCAAACUCUCUUUUGAAGUACCAACUUAGUCACAAUGAGUAUUUUACUCUGGAGAUGAUAACCAAAAACGACAAAAGCGUGUUGCCUGAACUAGUAUUACAUAAAUUGUUGGACCGGGAGGAAACUCCAGAAAUCAUUUUGUUACUGACGGCCACUGACGGGGGAAAGCCGGAGCUCACAGGAACAGUUGAACUAUUUAUCACAGUCUUGGAUGUGAACGAUAACCCUCCCAAGUUUGAUAAAUCUGGAUAUAAAGUCAAACUUUUUGAAAACUCACCAAAUGGGACACUAAUUAUUAAACUUAACGCUUCAGAUCCAGACAAAGGAAUCAAUGGAGAGAUUUAUUAUGGAAUUAAAAAAAUUUCACCAGAAAGUGAAAAAUGCACGUUUAUUAUGAAUUCAGUUACUGGCGAUAUCCGAAUUCAUGGAGAACUCGAUUUCGAAGACAAUAAUAUAUAUGAAAUUCAGGUAACAGCCACUGACAGGGGAGCUCCUCCCAUGGUUGGUCAUUGCACAAUCUUAUUCGAAGUCGUGGACAUCAACGAUAAUGCCCCUGAGUUGUCCGUGACCUCCCUAUCUCUUCCAGUCCGAGAGGACGCCCCAGUAGGCACAGUUAUAGCUCUCAUUAGUGUAUCCGACCGAGACUCUGGAGCCAACGGGCAGGUGACUUGCUCACUGUCGCCUCUGGGGCCUUUUACUCUGACAUCCACCUUCAGGAAUUACUACUCGCUGGUGCUGGAUAGUUCUGUUGACCGUGAGAGCGUGCCGGUCUAUCAGCUGGUGGUAACAGCAAGGGAUGGAGGGACUCCAGUGCUCUGGGCCACAGCGAGAUUGUCUGUGGACAUUGGCGAUGUGAAUGACAACGCACCAGUCUUCGAGCAACCUUUGUACACCGUGUUUAUGAAGGAGAAUAACCCACCUGGAAGUCACAUCUUUACAGUAUCUGCAUCAGACCCAGAUGUUCGGGAGAACGCUCUAGUGUCUUACUCUCUAGUGGAGCGACGAGUAGGAGAACGUCUCCUUUCGAGCUACGUGUCUGUGCACUCGGAGAGCGGGAAAGUGUACGUCCUGCAACCUCUGGACCACGAGGAGCUGGAGCUGCUGCAGUUCCAGGUGAGCGCACGCGACUCGGGCGUCCCUCCCCUGGGUAGCAACGUGAGCCUGCAGGUGUUCGUGCAGGACGAGAACGACAAUCCGCCUGUUGUGCUACCGCUUCACACUGGCGUUAGCCCAGUGACAGAGCUGGUGUCAAAAUCUGUGGCUGUGGGCCACGUGGUUGCAAAGAUUCGAGCUGUGGAUGCGGAUUCUGGCUACAAUGCGUGGCUGUCAUAUGAGCUGCUGUCCGAGGUGGGCGUUGGGCGCAACCCUUUCAGAGUGGGUCUGUACACUGGCGAGAUCAGCACGACGCGAGCCCUGGAGGAGUCAGAUGGUCCUCGGAAGAUGUUGCUGGUCUUAGUGAAGGAUCACGGAGAACCGGCCUUGUCAGCAACGGCCACAGUCAGCGUGUCUCUUGUGGAGAGUGGAAUGUCGGUGAAGGCUUUGUCUUUCAAUGCUGAAGCUGCAGCUGCUGGGCGGGCACCUGAGGCGGGGGUUAGAAACGAGGCAGCCCUGGUCGAUGUGAACGUGUACCUGAUCAUAGCUAUCUGCUCAGUGUCUAGUCUGUUGGUGCUGAGUCUGCUACUAUAUGUGGCUUUGCGAUGCUCUUCAGCUCCGCAGGCUGUGCCCGGGAAUUCCAGGCUGGUGUACUCUAAUGGGAUGGAGAGUUGGUCUCAUUCUCAGCAGCGGCGGCAGAAGGUUUGCUCUGGAGAGACUUUAGCCAAAAAUGAUCUCAUGGCCUUCAGCCCUAACCUUCCUCAGUCAAACGAGGAGAGUCAGAAUCCCUGUUUAAUUUCUUACCUUUGCGUAAUGGAGGGUCCUUACAAAGCCCAGCAUCUGCUGUUCUCCAUUCUGCUCUUCACAGCCUGGAAGAUGGGGAGCGGCCAGGUCCAUUAUUCAGUGAUGGAGGAAGCGAAACACGGUACGUUCGUGGGGCGAAUCGCGCAGGACCUAGGUCUGGAGGUUGGAGAGCUGGUGUCGAGGCUCUUCCGGGUGGUGUCCAAGGGCCGCAGGGACUACUUGGAGGUAAACUUGCAGAAUGGCAUUUUAUUUGUGAAUUCUCGGAUCGACCGUGAGGAGCUGUGCGGCCGCAGCCCUGUUUGUAGCAUCCACCUGGAGGUGAUCGUGGACAAGCCGCUGCAGGUUUUCCAUGCGGAGGUGGAGGUCAAGGACAUUAAUGAUAAUCCGCCCAUGUUCCUAGAAAAUAAAAAAGAAAUAAAUAUUGCUGAAUCAAGACCACCAGACACUCGUUUCCCGCUAGAUGGCGCAUCUGAUGCAGACGUAGGAGAAAAUGCGGCCUUGACCUACAGGCUCAGUCCCAAUGAGUAUUUCGCUUUGUAUGUACAGAGCAAUAGUGAACAAACUACUUCGUUAUCACUUAUUCUAAGGAAAUCUUUGGAUAGGGAGCAAACUCAACAACAUCGUUUAUUACUGACUGCCACCGAUGGGGGCAAGCCGGAACUCACCGGCAGUGUUCAACUGCUGAUCAAAGUGCUGGACGUGAACGAUAAUGCCCCGCAAUUCGACCAAUCUGUUUAUAAAGUGAGAAUGUUAGAGAACGCUUUGAACGGUACAUUAGUGAUCCAGCUCAAUGCUUCUGAUGCUGAUGAUGGAACCAAUGGAAAUAUUUUAUACUCAUUUCGUAGCCCAGUUCCUCCUGAAGUGCUACACACUUUUCACAUCAGAUCAGAUACAGGAGAAAUUAGAAUAAAAGGAGAAUUGGAUUUUGAAAAGAAUAAUAGGUAUGAAAUUCAAGUCGAAGCUAUUGACAAAGGGAGCCUUCCAAUGGCUGGCCAUUGCACAGUUCUAGUGGAAAUUCUGGACACCAACGAUAACUCUCCUCUGGUGUCUGUGACAUCACUUUCAUUGCCUGUCCUAGAGGACUCCCCAUCAGGCACAGUCAUUGCCCUCAUUAGCGUAUCUGAUGGUGACUCAGGCGCCAAUGGACAGGUGACUUGCUCAUUAUCACCCCCAGGGCCCUUUACACUGGUGUCCACCUUUAGGAAUUACUAUUCGCUGGUGCUAGAGGGCCCUGUGGACCGUGAGAGCAUACAGGCCUACGAGCUAGUGGUGACUGCAAGGGACAGCGGGACACCAGCCCUGUGGUCUACGGCUAGCUUGUCCGUAGACAUUGGGGACGUGAAUGACAACGCACCUUCCUUCGAGCAGCCUGUGUAUACCGUGUUUGUGAAGGAGAACAACCCACCAGGAAGUCACAUCUUCACUGUGUCCGCAUCUGAUCCGGAUGCGCAAGAGAAUGCGCUGGUGUCCUACUCAUUGGUGGAUCGGUGGAUAGGUGAGCAUCAGCUGUCGAGCUACGUGUCUGUGCACUCGGAGAGUGGGAAAGUAUACGCCCUGCAGCCUCUGGACCACGAGGAGCUGGAGCUGCUGCAGUUCCAGGUGAGCGCCAGAGACUCUGGUUUUCCUCCUCUGGGCAGCAACGUAAGCCUGCAGGUGUUCGUGCUGGAUGAGAAUGACAACGCGCCACAAGUGCUACCUCCUCUUGCGGGUUCUGGGGCAGGCGGGGGCCCAGUAACCAAACUAGUGUCACAGUCAGUGGCUCCAGGUCACGUGGUGAUGAAGAUCCGGGCUGUGGAUGCGGAUUCAGGAUACAAUGCAUGGCUAUCUUACGAACUACUGUCCGGCGUGGGCGUUGGGCACAGCCCUUUCCGCGUGGGAUUAUACACGGGUGAGAUUCGCACGACGCGAGUUCUGGAGGAGACGGAUGGACCUCUAAAGAUACUUCUAGUAUUAGUAAAGGACCACGGGGAACCUGCGCUGUCUGUUACCACCACUGUGAGCGUGUCACUAUUGGAGAGCGGGCAGGCCCUUAAAACUUCGUCUGAGGUUGUUGGAGCUGUGGCCGAGACAGGAGUUAGGAAGGAGGCAGGACUGGUGGAUGUAAAUGUGUAUCUGAUCAUAGCUAUCUGCUCAGUGUCUAGUUUGUUGGUGCUGAGCCUGCUGCUGUAUGUGGCACUGCGGUGCUCUGCUCCCCCGCAGGUCAGAUAUGGGCCUGACAAGCCUAUGCUGGUAUGUUCGAAUGAGGCAGGGAGCUGGUCCUAUUCUCAGCAGCGGAGGCAGAAAGUUUACUCUGGAGAAGGAACAGUCAAGAACGACCUCAUGGCCUUCAGCCCCAAUCUGCCCCCGUGUCCCAGUCAGUCACAUAAUGAGGAACAGCAAGAAUAUGGAGCAGAGCAAUUGGGGAAGGUGAGUGUUAACAAGAAAAUCUUUCAUAGGAAGACCUCUGCCUUGAUUAUGAUUUUAUUAUAUUAA